AUGGUGCUAGGUGUCCGCACACGCUCCCCUCGCAACUUGACCCAGGAGGAGGAGGAGAAUUCCAUCCGGCACAACCUGUCCCUGCACAGCCGCUUCAUCCGUGUCCAGAACGAGGGAACGGGAAAAAGCUCCUGGUGGAUGAUCAACCCGGAGGGGGGGAAGGGUGGCAAGGCCCCUCGGCGCCGUGCAGUUUCUAUGGACAACAGCAACAAGUACACCAAGUCAGCCCGUGGCCGAGCCGCCAAGAAGAAGGCUGCGUUGCAGGCAGCAGCAGCUGCAGCAGGUGAGGGGGGCGGAGAGAGCCCCUCGGGGUUGUCCAAGUGGCCCGGCAGCCCGACGUCACGCAGCAGCGAGGAGCUGGAUGCCUGGACAGACUUCCGAUCCCGCACCAACUCCAAUGCUAGCACGCUGAGUGGCCGCCUCUCCCCUAUCCUGGCCAAUCCCGAGUUAGAUGAAGUGCCUGAUGAUGAGCCUCCACUUUCACCUAUGCUCUACUCCAGUCCCGGCAGAACAUUGUCUCCUGGCAACGCCGCUAACACACCCAAUGGAAAAGCCCCGCUAACUGAGCUUCCACGCCUGGCUGACCUGACGGGCACCAUGAACCUGAAUGAUGGACUGACGGAUGACCUGAUGGAUGAGUUGCUGGAUAACAUCAACCUGGUGUCUUCUUCAGGACAGGCCACUUCGAGGGGUUCCUCAGGGUUCAAUUUUGGGUCCAAACCUAAUGGACUGGGCUCACCGUCCUCUGCUUCCUCUUCCUCUUCCGCUUCUCCUUCUAAUGGCGGUGGUAAUGGCUACAGUAACUCCAUCUUCGGCCCCCACACAGCAGGCUCCUCUCUGCGUCCGUCCCCCAUGCAGACCAUCCAGGAGAACAAGCAGACAUCUUUCUCCAGUAUCUCUCGCUUUGGUAGCCAGACACUACAGGACCUGCUGAACUCUGACGGGAACAGCCACAGUGAUGUCAUGAUGACCCAGUCUGACCCACUGAUGUCACAGGCCAGUGCCGCCGCAGUCAUUUCCCAGAACUCCCGUCGAGGACUAAUGCUCCGCAAUGACCCCAUGAUGAGCUUUGGGACCACUGAAGGGACUCAGGGCAUCCAAGUGGGACUACUGCGGGUCAACAGCCCCAUUCACAGCUCCAUGAGGUCCUUGAAUGGGGGACUGAGCUUAGCCAAUGAGGCUAACACUCUUGCCAAUGCCAAGCAGCAGCUUCUGCACUCGCCUCUGGGAGGUAACAGUUCCUCCUCCAUGCAGAUCGACUCCUCAAUCUUCAUGAAUGGGACGGUGGGCAACGGUGUUGGACUCUGCCAGGAGCGAUUCCCCACAGAUCUGGAUCUAGACAUGUUCAAUGGCAGCCUGGAGUGUGACAUGGACUCCAUCAUCAGGACCGAGCUGAUGGAUGCUGACGGCUUGGAUUUCAACUUUGACUCGCUGGCCAACAUGAAUGGAGUCAGCAACUUCACCAGCACCAAGCAGAGUUCUCAGAGCUGGGUACCUGGCUGAGAGACCGAAUCCAAGGAAGGAGCCAAGCAGGUCCAAACUGUAGUGCAAGAGAAGAUCAGACACCCAAUGUCCUUUUUUGCCAAACCUGCCAUUAGCACAACAUAAAAAAAACAGUUCCUCUGUUUACAGAAGACUUCCUCUUGAGAGCUUUACUUUUGCUCCUCCACUGGCGAACCUUCAAAGAUCUGACAGACUCCAGUGAUACUGAACGUCAGCCCUCAAAACCUCCCGUCAAGACAAGCAAAAAAAAAAAAAACUUUGUGAGACCAUCGCAACAAACUGAUCUCAGAAAUAUGCAAUUUUUCCUUUUGACAACCAGUCUGACAGAGUUGAUUGAUAUCAAAAACAGACACUGUGUAUCAGAAGGGGUUUCAGGUGGAAUGCAAGGACUGGAUGGCAAGCAAGGCCGAGGGGCGCGCACGGUGCAGUUGUUCCUGUUGCAAAAAAAAGAAGAAGAGAUAAAAUGUAAAAUGAAAACAAAAACGACGUGGUGUAAAUUUAAUCCAGUGGUUUCCUUGGAUGUGUCAUGUUGAAAACCCUCCUUUUGUGUUUCCACUCAGUGAUUUUAAAUGUUCAGUGUUUUUGUUUUUGAGUUUCCUGUUUUAGACAAGUUGUCCUUGAACCAGACACGUUUGUGUAAGACGCAGUGAUUUACUGAAAUUGUAACAGAUGACGACGACAGAGAGAAAUUUUGCAGUCGCAGAGUGACCGUAUACGAACAUACAAUCAUACACACAGACACACACACGUGCACACUUCUCUCCCCGAUGCAGAAGACUCCAAAGCCUUCGAGAGACAGAAUUUCUAACGACACACACUUCAGGCUUUUGUUGUUACUUAUGAUUGCUUGAUUUGCUUAAAUCUAAAUUAAUUGUAGUAUAUUGAAAAUUAUAAUACAGAGUUAAAUACUACAUGUAGAUUUGUAUCUUUUGUGUGUAUUUAACAGUAAAGGAAAAAAAAAAACAAAAAAAAAACAAACAUGGAAAUUGACCGAAGAAGGAGGGAAAACUGUCACGGCAAAAGAAGGCAGUGGAGAUUUCAGCAAACGGAAAGCCCAGAAGGGGGGACUGAGUCUCUUAACUCUCGGGGCGGGUUCUGUCGACGUUGUUUAAUACAGCAUAUUAUGUAGCCAAAAUAAAUACCUGUUGUUUGAGGGAUGUGAGCAUCUCCACACCACGACAGGUGUUAACAGUGUUGAAUUCUCUGUCCUGAAAGAAAGCCGUGCAUUUUUUUUUCUUUUUUUACCACCUGCAGAGUCCAAAGCUGCAGCCACAAGUGUAGCAUGGCAAAGUGGAACCUAUUGGCAGGGAAUGGGGCUAUUUGUUUGCCUCAUCUCUGCAGAAGCCAUUUUGUUUUUCAAGCAAAACAAUAAGCUAUCUGUGUAUAUUGCCAAAUUACUUGAAACACACAGUAGGACUUGCUGGUAGCCAAAUCACAUCUCUCUCUCUCUCUCUCUCUCUCACACUCACACUCGCUCUUUUUCUCUCUUUAGACUCUCUCACACUCACUUUCUCUCACUCACUCUCUCACACUUUCACACUCUCACACUCACUCUCUCUCUCACUCUCUAACACAAACAUCCACUUGCUUAAACAGUACAAAAGCAGAGUAGGAAUAAACAGGGAUAGAGCAGGGAAACGUGUAAGCUCUGCUGUUCUCUCGUUAGGAGCUCGUGGGGCUUAUUAAGAAUAUAUAUAUACAUAUAUAUAUAUAUAUAUAUAUAUAUAUAGCGUCACUCAGGGGGAAAGCGAGUGCUUUCCCACUUAAAUAACACCAAGUCCCAUUUUGAUGUAUUUCGAACAUUUUGUUGGCAAAACAGUAAUGCUUUGUGUUGUGAACUUGUAACCUGUGAACUAUUGAACGUUAAAGAGGGCACGGACGAAAGAAGACAAGAGGAUAAGUGGAGAUCAAGGCAUCACUUGGUCUGUCAUUUUUGGAUUUUGUUGUGUUAGUUUUCUUUUCUUGUGGGAUUCAUGACUCAUACACACACACACACACACACACACACUCACACACAGACACACACGUCCUUCAUGGACACAUCCAGCGCUCAAAUGUCUCCUGAGAGUAUUUUUAUGUGUCUGUACAUGUGUGUGUAUGUGUAUUUGUGUGUGCGUGUGUGUGUGUGUGUGCGUGCGUGCAUGUGUUAAUGGACCUUUUUGUGUGUUGUUUAAAAUUUGUCUCGGGAGGAUGUUAUCCUUCGCGAUCCCUCAUGGUGCAUACAGCACAACAUUCUGUAUGCAUGUACGUAUUUAUGCAUUAUGAAUCGUGUGAAAUGCAUAUAUACUCACCCUAUGUCCUUAUAUACCUAUGUAGUACUUGACCCUUAGAUUUUGUGAUACCUCAGAAGGUAGAGUUGAAGAAACGACGAACAACAUUAUGUGCCGGAGCGGAAGAGAGAAUUGUUACCGUUGAAUUUUUUUUUCCAUUGAGCUUGACUUCAAAAUGGCAGACACCACCUGUGUGGUCGCAUCUGGAGAACCCCGGUAUCCCCUUUUGUGUCUGAGGUAGCCACCUAAAUGGCUACCCCGCUGUGUAAAAUAGUGUACAGAGGUGUGUAUUUCACUUUGAGGCUAAGGCAGAGGACUGAGUGUGUGUGUGUGUGUGUGUGUGUGUGUGUGUGUGUGUGUGUGUGUGCAUGGCUGGCCGGCUAGAAUGACAUACUGUACUACCUGAGGUUUAGUGCAUGACCUACCUGUAACCCUUAACCCUUCCGAUGGUGCCCAUUCCUCCAAAGACUUUGCAAUACGCAGGCACCCUGUGUCUUAGGAAACACAAUGACAGACGCACACAACCGUUUUCGAUCCCUUUAAAUUCAGGGCUCACUCGACAGCACAUGCAACCAUCUCCCACGUGUUGUGGAGGUUUAUCAUUACACGUGCGGGUACCGUGUCUAUUAUCCUGGUGCAGAUGCAGGGCAGCCUCUUUAUGGACGUUCCUCAGCUCGACACUUAUAAAAUAUCUGUUCUGUGGGUUCGUGUCCCAUUUGCUCUCAGAAAGGAAUACGCCCUUUCUUACUUUAGCAUAGUAUUGCGUCACAGUGUGACUAUGAGCGGGGAUUUCCUGUUCCCGGUCACACCUAGAAUCUCUCUCUCCGAGUAUUGAGAGAACGACCACGCUCCUGUCGGCGGUGGGGAAGUCUCUCAUCCAUCGGGUGAACAGGGGAGAAUUCCGACUCGUUUGCGCUAACUACACACAAUAUUACGAACGCCUACUUUUCUUAUUGAGCCUUAGCACAAAUCAGAGACCCUACAGAUGCAUACGGAAGGUGUCCCGGAUAUUUUGUACAUUUAGCAUGCGACCUGUAGAGUUUUGUUUGUCCGUUUGUUGGGGUGAAAGGUCAGGCUACGCAUCGAGACACAGCUGAACGAGCCUUCCGUAGGGUUACGUCAUAUACAAAGGUACGGCCCGUCUUCUCUAUUCGUCCCCCCCCCCACACACACACACACAGCCGUGAACAACACAAAGGUUCCUACCUGUGUAUAUGACCUAACGCUACACUUUCCACGCAAACGCUCACCGCUGUCGCUUCGUUCAGGGACAGAACUCAUUAUCAGAAGUCGGGAGAUUCUUCCUGUUGCCCGGAACACCAACGCACAGCACGCGCACACAAACACAGAGCACCCCACGAGCAAAUUUAAAGAAAAAGUAAAGAAAAAUCAAGAAUAAAAAAAAUUAUCAGAUGUACCGCUAGAUACCUUCCACGCCUCUCCUUUUUUCACACACCUCCCUCCUUGUUAACACGCCCUGCCCCCCCCCCACGUCCUCGCUACAAACUCUGAACUUUGCCCUUUGAACUUUGCCCUUUAGUGAUCUUGCUUCUUCUCGACUUGAUGUUAGUGGGUAUUUUCCCUGUGUACUCCAUUUUGAAUUGUAAUCUAGUUUGUAUACGAAAUGGUGGGCAUGUAAAUAAAGCUUGGUGAGGC